CAGAUAUUGGUUCAUGAAAACUCCGUACUACCUCUUAAAUUCGCUCCACCUCAUCAAUCAUCAAUACUAAAUUAUAAAAGAACCCCAACCCUCAUAAUUUUGUGCAUUUAUCCUUCCCUCCGAAAUCCAAUUUACCCUCCAAAAUCAAAUUCUUUCAAUUUAAAAAUUAGAAACGUGCUUUAUUUAUUCCGAAGCUGAAUCCUUUCUUUCUCCACUGCCCAUCCAAAAAAAACCAACCGGGAUCCUUCCAUUUCUCUAAAUUCAAUGGAUCGUGUGGGAUCUUCAUAUCCCCAACGUGUUUCCGGCGAGGUUCACGUCAUCAUCGGACCCAUGUUUGCCGGCAAGACCACUUCUCUCCUUCGCCGAAUCAAAUCCGAAGUCAACAACGGCCGAAACGUUGCAAUGAUAAAGUCAAGCAAAGAUACAAGGUACGCUACUGAUUCAGUUGUAACUCACGAUGGUGCGAAAUUCCCAUGUUGGGCUUUGCCGGAUCUCAUGUCGUUUCGACAGAAGCUUGGGGAAGAUGCUUAUGAAAAGCUGGAUGUGAUUGGUAUAGACGAGGCCCAGUUUUUCGAAGAUCUGUACGAUUUCUGCUGCAAAGCUGCCGACCAUGAUGGCAAAACUGUAAUUGUAUCUGGCUUAGAUGGGGAUUAUUUGAGAAGGAGCUUUGGGUCAGUGCUGGACAUAAUUCCCCUGGCUGAUACUGUAACGAAGUUGACAGCGAGAUGUGAAGUGUGCGGGAAAAAGGCGUUUUUCACAUUCAGGAAGACAGAGGAGACCAAAACAGAGUUGAUCGGAGGGGCAGAUGUUUACAUGCCUGUUUGUCGGCAGCAUUAUGUCAAUGGGCUAACAGUUGUGGAAGCUACCAAGACUCUGCUUGAAUCAAUAAAACUUCAUCAUCACGCUCAAUCAUCAUGUCUUGAAGCAGCAGCUUCAGUUCUUGAGUGACAAUACUCUAUAAUCUAUUCAUGUAACUCAUAAAGACAAAAAAAAAAAAAAAAGUGGAGUGGUCUGUCUUCUUGUGUUUUGCCUAAAAUGUUCUAUGAGGAUAAAUUUCUUAUGGUAAUGUUAAUUACAUUUUUCAU